CUUUUCCUGUUUCUCUUUCCAUAAAACUUGUCGGAAGCCUCUCGAGACAGAGCCUCUCGCUUCAAACCCGCCGAUCAGAGGGACCGACAGAGGAAAGCCUCGGGCGAGCGAGCGAGUGAAGCAUUACAAGAUGAUCAUUCCGGUUCGUUGCUUUACCUGCGGAAAGGUGAUUGGGAACAAGUGGGACCAAUAUCUCGAUCUUCUUCAGGCUGACUACCCUGAAGGAGAUGCGCUCGAUGCAUUGGGCUUGGUACGAUAUUGUUGUAGACGGAUGCUGAUGACUCAUGUCGAUCUCAUUGAGAAGCUCCUGAACUACAACACAUUGGAGAAGUCUGACACCAGUUGAAGAAGCCUAGGUUGGAGUUGCACAAAGGAAGUUUGUGUGUUUGGUGUCUGCGCUAGUCCGUGGUGGUUAAUCUGUUCAUGAUGAAGUUAGUAUUGGUGGUGGUAUUUUUCUCUGAGCAUUAAGUGGUCCGUGAUGAAUUUUGUUGUCUAGGGGAACCUGCUGUGGAAACGGCAAUGGUGAGGUUUGUUGCUUGGAACACGAUAGUCUCCGUAUAUGUUUCAAUGAUUCAAUCAGUUGUGAUGAUGACUAAUUGAAAAGAUUUCAUAACAUCUUGUGUUUUAAACUUA